UUUCUCUUGUACAAGGCAUCUUACUCGCUUCCCUUAGUAUCCCAUUUCAUUGAUACUACAAUCACAACCGAGACCGUUCAGACGCCCUCUCUUCUUUCCAGUGUUUUCUCUUGUGCUGGUCACAAGACAUCAAGUUACUCGCUUCUCUACCCCAUUUCAUUGAUACUACAAUCACAACCGAGACCGUUCAGACGCCCUCUCUUCUUCCCGCAAACAUCGAUCCUGGUCAUCACCCGGCUGCGAAUAUUUUCACAUCAUGCAAACUCAUUGCGUGGUCCUUAUUACCCUCUUUGCGACCUCGGUCAUUGCUCUCCCUCUCGCAACAUACAUGGAUGUAUCACUCACCGAGGAAGGUUCUCUGUGGGGGCGUGCCACUGUCAAAGAGGCGGACGAAGCUGCUCACGCUGCCUGGACAGAACACGCAAGGACCGAAGCGAAUCGCGUGCAGCAGCAAGUACGGAACAUGAUCCUUGAAGAAUACCCACACGGCCUCCCCCAAAAUGCUAACGAGGAAGAGUGGAGGAAGCUACACCACUUUUGGGACAUACAUACCAACACUCUCGCCAACAACGUUGAAUGGCAACACCUGAACCACCCAGAUAGAAAAUCGCCGGAACUGGGGGACUACCAAAACGACUUGCAGAAGCACAAAGCAAAUACGGCAGCGUUACAAGCGGCCGAAGAGCGUCUCGUUCAGACCACUGCGCGCCAUGCGACAACGGAAAUUCCUUCCACAGCUGUGGCCCAAGCGGUUGCGACUGCGAAGGCGCAGUUCGUGGAAGCUUCGGCGCAGCACUCAAGGACUCGGGCUCUUGUCAGCUAUCAUCAGACAACACCCGGUAAAUUGUUGAUGCCUGUACCCACGGAAGCUCUGGCGCAGCGGUCAAGCACUAGUACUAAGGCUCCUGUCAACCCUCAUCAGGGUGUAUGGUUGGUCGGGCGUCAAGCACCCCGAGCACACCCUCCUCCACACGGGUAGGCACGCGGGCACACGAGCCAGUGGCACGAUUGAGCAGGGGAGGGGUAGAGAGAAAGAGUGGUUCAUGGGAUUAGCCAUCGUACGUUUGCUGUGCAGAAUGACAGAUGUGUAAGGCACACCUGUGUGCGGGAGUGUA